AUGCUUUUCUCUUCUAUCCUCAUUUCACUGUCACUUGCUGGUAUUUCCGCUGCUCAAGCAGUGGCUGUGCCAAAACCCUUUGCGCUAGACUUUGAAAUCUCUCGUCCCGACAUCAGUAAAGGCAUUCAAAAGAGAGACAAUGGAUCUAUUUUCCUUCCUCUUCUGAACGACCAAAUUGUUUACAAUGCUGUGUUGGAGCUCGGAUCUUCGCGUCAAAAACAAAUUGUUCAGUUAGACACUGGGUCUUCCGACUUAUGGGUGGUCGGGUCCAACGCUGCCUGCCUAGAAGUCGGCAAGACAAAGCCAGCAGCAAGCAACACUUGUACUUCUUUUGGAUCUUUCAACACAGGUCUCUCUCUGAGCUUCAAGGUCAAUCUGACCAUUGGCCCUUUCGUUAUCGAAUACCUAGACAAGAGCGGCGCAUCUGGUGUCUACGGACUGGACAGCAUUCUGUUUGGAAAUUACACUAUUCCCAACAUGACGUUCGGAGUAGUGAAUCAAACCUCUUCGUCUAACCCCGUUUUUGGCAUUGGAUUGCGAAAUAAUGAGGCUUCCCUACUCAACACCCAAAUGGGUACAUAUGAGAACUUCCCCAUGCAAUUGAAGUCAUUAGGGUACAUCAAGAAAACCGCUUAUUCCAUGUUUUUGAAUGCUGCCAAUGCUACUAAGGGCUCUAUCUUGUUUGGUGCAAUUGACCAAAAGAAGUACACCGGAAAAUUGUUUACUAUGCCAAUUGUUGAAGAGUUAGCACUGCAAGUAGUUAAGAACAGAAGUCUUCUGGUUAAACUUGAUCUGCUUAAGAUCAAGGGUAAGGAUUUUAGCAUCCCAAUUUCCAACCAGUCAAUCGCAGUUACUCUUGACAGUGGCUCUCAGGUGUCGUAUUUCCCUCAGGCUGUUGUCGACGCAAUCUCAAAGAUGAUGGGAGCAAAGCCAUUUAAGGGACACGAAAAGGUUCAAACCGUCGACUGUGCCUAUAUGAAGCUGAACAUGACCUUGGCAUUUGACUUCUCUGGUGGCGUUCUUGAGAUGCCAUUGUCUAACUUUGUUGGAAACAUGACUAGUAAGCUCUGUUAUCUCGGUAUUAGAAAUGCUGAGACUUCCAUCUUGGGUGACAACUUCCUCAGUGGUGCGUAUGUUGUGUAUGACUACGAAGAUAUGGAAAUUUCAAUAGCUAAGGCCUCCUACAACACAGAUUCACAGAUCGAGGUAAUUUCUUCGACUGUUCCCUCUGCAGUUAGAGUACCAAACUAUUCUCAAACAAGUGUUGCCUCGUCUGUUUCCUCUCAGGUUGUGCAAACCUCUGUCAGUCCUUCUGGCCAGACACUGAAAUCUGAUGGCCACAGUAAUGUUGCUGGCGUGAAAAUUAUGCUAUUCUCGAUUUUCUUGGGAGCAAUUUUGAUGCUUUGA